GUUAGAAGGACUUGUUCAAAAAAAAAAAAAAAAAAGAAAAGAAAAGCAGAAGGGCAGGCACUGACACUGACGACUUUUGCCCUCCGCCGGAGCUGUGAUAGAAUUAAUGGCAGCCAUGGAAGGAGUCACGAUGGCAGGCGCCCAAGACCAACAACAACCGCCGCCUCCCAGGGUGGUCGAGCGCCUGAACCCUGCGCUUCAACAGCAGCUCAACCUCGACUCUGUCAAGACUCGCGCUAUCAGCCUCUUCAAAGCCAUCUCUCGCAUCCUCGAAGACUUCGACACCAUAGCCCGUACAAACGCCGUUCCCAAAUGGCAAGAUAUAUUGGGCCAGUUCUCCAUGGUGAAUCUGGAGCUUUACAAUAUUGUCGAAGAUAUUAAGAAUGUCUCCAAGGCUUUUGUUGUGCAUCCUAAGAAUGUUAAUGCUGAGAAUGCUACCAUUUUACCUGUUAUGUUGUCAUCCAAACUUUUGCCUGAAAUGGAGAUGGAUGACAACACCAAGAGAGAACAGCUGUUACAUGGUAUGCAGAGCCUGCCUGUGGCUGCACAGAUUGAAAAGCUUAAGACUAGAAUUGAUAUGAUUGGAGCAGCUUGCGAAAGUGCUGAGAAGAUCAUAGCUGAUGCUCGUAAAGCAUACUUUGGUACUCGACAGGGACCAACACUUCUGCCAACAAUCGACAAGGUUCAAGCAGCAAAAAUACAGGAACAAGAAAAUUCACUUCGUAGUGCUGUUAAUCAUGGUGAAGGGUUAAGAAUACCUGGAGACCAGAGGCAAGUAACAUCUUCACUUCCAAUGCAUUUGGUAGAUAUACUCACUGCUAAUGACAGUGCACAGACUUUUUCAGAUUCAUCUGGAAUGUACCAGAAGAGCACACCUCCACUUUUGUCAACUGCCAGUAAUAACAGUCAGGGUUCUUUGUUACAGGCUGCUGGAGCACAACUUAUUGGAAGAGCAGCAGCUUCCCCUUCUGGUCCUACGGGAAGCACUUCCUUUGAUAAUACAACUGCAUCUCCUCUGCAAUAUGCGAAUUCACCCAGAUCUGGUGCAAACAUCAUGAACACACCAUCUCCUCAGCAACAGCAGCCUCAACAACAACUACAACAACACCAGCACCAACAGAGGCAGAAAAUGAUGCAGCUACCACCACAUCAGCAACAACUUCUAAGUCAACAACAGAUAAGACCAUCAUCAAUGCCUGGCCUGGGACAGAACCAACUACCGCAGCUGCAUGACAUGGCGAGCCAGACGCAGCAAAAAUAUCAGUCGAUGCAUGGUCAGCAUCAUGUGCAGUUCUCUCAGUCAUCGGUAGCCCAGCAACUGCAGGGUAGACAGCUUACUUCAGCUGCAAUGCAUAUGAGUCAAAAUCAGCUAAACCAAGGAAACCAGCUGAAUCGCCAAUUGAACCAGUUCUCCAGCCCAGCAAAUAGUGCAUUAUUUAAUGCUGCCCAGACGACACCAACCUCUCAGAUGAUUCCUAAUAUGUCAGCUAUGAUGCCGUCACAAUCAAUUCUUCCAAGAAUGCAGUUUGGAAUAUCUGGUGGAAAUAGGACUCUGCCUCCACAAAAUCUGAGUGACCAGAUGUUUAACAUGGGAACAACAAAUGCUGGCAGUAUGAUGCCAAUCCAGCAACAGCAGCAGCAUGGCACACAGGGUACAUUUGGGAACAUGCCACAAAGUGCUCAGAAUCUACAGCCUGGCAUGCUACCCAUGCAAAACACACCACAGAAUCAUCCCAACUUUCAGCAGCAGAGGCCACAAAACCAGCAGUGAUACAUUGAUGACUAAAUUUCACUGUGGAUAUAAACUUAUAUGACCAGAAAAUGGGGUUGAACAUCUUUUGUCACCCUUUAUAAGCAUUGCUGUCGACAUGCUGAAAAUUAUGUAGCACUAGCAUUGACCUUUGUGUUUACUUCUAGUUAUUUAGGGGUGGAAGCAAUCUCCUGAUGAGUUGUUGCUCCAGACCGCACUCUUACACGGUGCCAACUCAAAAUGUAGAAAUUGGAUAAUCUAAUUUCUGAAAAUGCGCUUCGCUGCAUGACUUUUUUUGC